GCUCCGCUAGUUAACAGAGUUCAUUUCGUGCGAAGCAUCUAAAAUGUCGAAGCCACAAUCCGACGUAGAUAAAAGGAAACAGAUCAGUGUGCGCGGCAUUGCCCAAUUGGAAGAUGUGAACGAGAUCAAAAAGGAUUUCAAUCGGCAUCUCCACUAUACGUUGGUUAAGGAUCGAAACGUAGCCACAGUGCGCGAUUACUACUUUGCCCUCGCCCACACCGUUAAGGAUCACCUGGUCUCACGAUGGAUUCGCACCCAGCAGUACUAUUACGAGCGCGACCCCAAGCGUGUGUACUAUUUGUCCUUGGAGUACUACAUGGGCCGAUCACUACAAAACACCAUGAUAAAUCUUGGCAUCCAAACAUCAUGUGACGAAGCAAUGUAUCAGCUCGGCCUGGACAUUGAGGAGCUGGAGGAGUUGGAAGAGGAUGCCGGGUUGGGUAACGGAGGAUUGGGGCGACUAGCAGCUUGUUUCCUCGAUUCGAUGGCAACUCUUGGGAUGCCUGCCUAUGGCUACGGCAUUCGUUAUGAGUACGGUAUUUUCGCACAGAAGAUUCGUAACGGAGAACAGGUGGAGGAGCCCGACGAUUGGUUGCGUUAUGGUAACCCUUGGGAAAAGGCCCGUCCGGAGUAUAUGAUUCCUAUUCAUUUCUAUGGACGUGUGAUCGACACUCCUGAGGGCAAAAAGUGGGUCGAUACUCAAACUGUUUUCGCCAUGCCUUAUGAUAAUCCAGUUCCCGGUUAUGGUAACAACGUUGUCAAUACGCUUCGCUUGUGGUCCGCCAAAUCGCCGAUAGAUUUCAACCUCAAGUUUUUCAACGAUGGUGAUUAUAUCCAGGCCGUGUUGGACCGCAAUCUAGCAGAAAAUAUCUCCAGAGUUCUGUAUCCUAACGACAACUUCUUCGAAGGAAAGGAGUUACGUUUGAAACAGGAGUACUUUAUGUGUGCAGCUACGCUACAGGACAUCGUGCGCCGCUACAAAGCCUCCAAGUUCGGAUCCCGCGACGCCGUACGGACUUCAUUUGACGACUUUCCGAAUAAGGUUGCAAUUCAGUUGAACGACACACAUCCAUCUCUGGCUAUCCCCGAAUUAAUGCGCAUUCUUAUCGACGACGAGAAACUAAGCUGGGAGAAAGCAUGGGAUGUAGUAGUGCGUACAUGCGCCUACACAAACCACACCGUACUUCCGGAGGCACUUGAGCGUUGGCCAGUAUCUAUGCUGCAGUCUAUCCUACCGCGCCAUCUGGAAAUUAUCUACCAUAUUAACUUUUUGCAUUUACAAGAAGUUGAGAAGCGUUUUCCUGGUGAUUUUGGUCGUAUGCGAGCUCUCUCGCUUGUCGAGGAAGACGGAGAGAAACGUAUCAAUAUGGCGAAUCUCUCAAUUGUUGGUUCACACGCCGUGAACGGUGUAGCAGCAAUCCAUUCAGAGAUCAUCAAGAAGGACAUUUUCAAGUCCUUCUAUGAAAUGACCCCUGAGAAGUUCCAAAACAAAACGAACGGUAUCACGCCCCGCCGCUGGCUGUUGCUGUGCAAUCCUGGGCUGUCAGAUCUCAUUGCAGAAAAAAUUGGUGAUCAGUGGCCUGUACAUUUGGAACAGUUGCAGCAGUUGAAAACGUGGUCCAAAGACCCGACAUUCCAGCGGGCUGUAGCGCGUGUUAAGCAAGAAAACAAGCUCAAGCUAGCACAGCUACUAGAGAAAGAUUAUGGCGUGAAGGUUAAUCCAGCCUCCAUGUUCGACAUUCAGGUCAAGCGUAUUCAUGAGUACAAAAGGCAGCUGCUCAACUGCUUGCACAUUAUCACGCUGUAUAAUCGUAUUAAGCGUGAUCCCACCGCAAACUUUACGCCACGUACUAUCAUGAUUGGUGGCAAAGCCGCCCCCGGAUAUUAUAUUGCAAAGCAAAUCAUUAAGCUCAUCUGUGCGGUCGGCAAUGUGGUUAACAACGAUCCAAUCGUUGGUGACAAACUAAAAGUUAUUUUCCUUGAAAAUUAUCGCGUGACAUUGGCGGAAAAGAUUAUGCCAGCCGCCGAUCUGUCUGAGCAAAUUUCCACGGCCGGUACAGAGGCUUCAGGGACAGGAAACAUGAAGUUCCAGCUGAACGGUGCACUAACCAUUGGCACGCUUGAUGGGGCGAACGUAGAGAUGGCCGAAGAAAUGGGUAACGAGAACAUAUUCAUUUUCGGAAUGACCGUAGAGGAAGUCGAGGACUUGAAGUGCCGUGGCUAUAACGCUUACGAUUACUACAACUCUAACCCUGACAUAAAACAAUGUGUCGAUCAGAUUCAGAAUGGUUUCUUCAGUCCGGGUAAUCCCCACGAGUUCCAAGAUUUGGCCAAUGUGUUGUUGAAAUAUGACCGUUAUUAUUUGUUCGCUGAUUUUGAAUCUUACAUCAAGACGCAGGAUCGUGUAUCGGCUGUUUAUCAGGAUCAACCCAAGUGGCUGGAAAUGUCCAUUAAUAACAUUGCCACCAGUGGCAAAUUCUCUAGCGACCGCACCAUUGCCGAGUAUGCUCGACAGAUCUGGGGUAUUGAACCGAGCUGGGAGAAGCUGCCGAAUCCAGGCGUAUCAAAGUAGACAAUAAUCUCAAAAAAAGGUUAAAUAGUCAGAGCCAUGUUUGCCACUGCCGGUACAUACACACCACAUCGGUUAAAAUAGAGGAACUGGCUAGAAACAAUGUCAGGCCAUAUAUCAAGUCAGCUUUGCGAGUCUAUCCUGAAAUAUACUCUAUUCUAGGGUGCCAUCGAUAUUACUAACACUGAAAUCUAACAAAAAUAUUAUAAUACACAAGGGGAUUUAGUUAUGUAGCACCAUCACAAUUGUGGAUCGUAUAGUUUUUUUUAGUCCGUCUAUCGAUUUUAUGUUACCUUUGUAAUGUUACUAUGAAUACAUUUGUUGGCAGAAAACGUUAUGGGAUAAUGUUUUCCAAAUAAAAAUAUAUAUAUAAAUCGCACCCUGCAGGGCUUAGCGAACUUAUGUGCAUUCUUUCACUGCUUUCUAAUUACACCAACUGCUAAUUAGUAAACAAACGGACCAUGUUACAAACGACACCUGAAGUAGGAUUCUUGAGACAUUUUUUAUUUCUCUCUUUAUCUUCUCGUUGUCUAAUCUGGCCAUUUACAUUUGCAUAUAGAUUAGUUAAACCACAUAAAUAAUAUAUAUUUGUUUAUAUGCACAGUUAUGGUUUGCGUGAACACUUUCGGAAAGUGUUGCUAUAACGACUUGGUUACAGACCGCGUAGAAACGAGAGGGGAAUGUUAUUUUUAGCACAUGUUCUGGAUAAAAAUCAGGGUAAAUCAUACCUAGACAAUUAAAACAUAUUUAAAGCUAAUACACUACUAUUAACCCAUUUUACGGCAUGCAAAACGGUAAAACGUAGCCUGUUUGCAUUUAAAUAUGUUUUAUUUAGCUAGAAGUUGAUUCACAUGAAUAUAAAUUAUAAUUGCCUAUCGAAACGGUAUGAAUUUUGAUCUUGUUUUUUUUAUUCUGAAAAUAACUUUCUCCGUUCGAUUCCGCACGAGCAAUAACCAGGCCAGGCAUUCGCUCUAUUCUCACCUUUUUAACAUAAGACAAAUUGCGCUAUAUCCUUCGGAACAAUUAUUAAGACUACAAUCUAAUGCCAACGAACUGAAGAAAGGUCAUUGGGUUAUCAUUAUUUUUAUAAACUAAUUAAAAAUUAUAGUUUAGAAACUCAAUAAAAGGACAGAAUAAUUGAAUGGUUAUGUAUAUUUUGUUUGUGCUUUACAGAAAAAAUCAUCUCCCAUUGAUGAAAGGCACUUGUUUAGAAAUA